UAAAAUAAAGAGGCAUUUUCCCUGGUUGGAGAAGAUGAUCCAAGAUCCUUUGGUUUUGCAGAAAUUAGGGUUUCCUUAAAAGCUUAAGACUGGCAGUCGGCAAAUCUUUCUUUGCGUGUUUGUCUUUGCCCUAACCUAACCGAAUAGACCCUGCGAAAUCGGCGUUCUUUGUUUCUCCUAGUGUAAAUGGCGGAGCACUUGGCUUCCAUCUACGGCACCGAAAAGGACCGCGUAAACUGCCCCUUCUACUUCAAGAUCGGCGCUUGUCGCCAUGGCGAUCGAUGCUCACGGAUCCACAAUCGUCCCACAAUCUCUCCUACCCUUCUUCUCUCUAACAUGUACCACCGUCCUGACAUAGUAACCCCAGGUGUUGACGCUCAAGGUCAGCCAAUCGAUCCCAAGAAGAUCCAAGAACAUUUCGAAGAUUUCUACGAAGAUAUCUUUGAGGAGCUGAACAAAUUCGGCGAGAUCGAGAACCUCAACGUAUGCGACAACCUUGCCGACCACAUGAUCGGCAACGUGUACGCUCAGUUCAAGGAAGAAGAUCAUGCCGCGGCAGCGUUACAGGCUCUUCAAGGCCGUUUCUAUUCUGGGCAGCCGAUUAUUGCUGAUUUCUCUCCAGUAACCGAUUUCCGUGAAGCCACUUGCCGGCAGUACGAAGAGGAUAGUUGCAAUCGCGGAGGAUACUGUAAUUUCAUGCACGUGAAGCAGAUAGGAAGGGAUUUAAGGAAGAAACUAUUUGGACGGUAUAGAAGAUUUGGUGGGAAUCGAAGCAGGAGCAGGAGUGGUAGCCCUCAUCGUCAAAGGGACAGGCGUGAUCGAGACAACAGGGAAAGAGGGGAUAGAGAUCGUGGUGGGGAUUUGCACAGACGGAGUGGGGAGCGAGGCGGGAGGUAUGACAAUGAGAGUGGCGGUGGUGGUGGGAGGCGGAGAAGGGGAAGUCCGAGACAGAGUAGAAGCCCAGCAGCAAGGGAAGGUAGUGAGGAAAGGAGAGCUAGAAUUGAGCAAUGGAACCGGGAGAAGGAGGAAAAAGAGUGAUUCAUCGAUGGGGGUUAAUAAAUAUUGGUAAGAAAGAAUCAUCACAUUCUUGUUUUGUAGUCAUGAAACUAUUAUUAUUAUUGUUUGUUAAAGUUUGAAUUGUCUUCUUCUUGUUACUUAGUUUUUGAACUGGUUGUUAUACAUCUGAUCUCAACUGAGAAGUUGAUCAUUGUAGUAGUAGUAGGAUGUUGAAAAGUUCAAGUUUUUCUGCUUAGCAUUUUAUCUAUCAAAUAACUAAUGCUCAUUGUAUUCA